AUGCCAACAACCGUAGAUCAUAGCCAAGAGAUUUGUGAAGUUUGGGCUUGGAACCUGGAUGAGGAGAUGAGGAAAAUCCAUCAGGUUAUUGGGCAGUAUAAUUAUGUUGCCAUGGACACCGAGUUUCCUGGUAUUGUUGCAAGACCCACUGGACAGUUCCAAAGUAAUGCUGACUAUCAGUACCAGCUUUUGAAAUGUAAUGUAAACUUGCUGAAGAUAAUCCAGCUUGGGUUGACUUUUAUGAAUGAGCAAGGAGAACACCCUCCAGGAACCUCUACCUGGCAAUUCAACUUCAAGUUUAAUUUAGCAGAGGACAUGUAUGCCCAGAACUCCAUCAAGCUCCUGACCAAGGCGGGGAUCCAGUUUAAAAAGCUUGAGGAAGAAGGAAUCGAGCCAGAGUAUUUUGCAGAACUUCUCAUGACAUCGGGUGUUGUGCUGUGUGAGGGUGUCAAGUGGCUUUCAUUUCAUAGCAGCUACGACUUUGGCUAUUUGAUCAAAAUCCUGACCAACUCUAACCUACCUGAAGAAGCACUGGACUUCUUUGAGAUCCUGCACUUGUUCUUUCUGGUCAUCUAUGAUGUCAAGUGCCUCAUGAAGAGCUGCAAGAACCUCAGGGGUGGCCUGCAGGAGGUGGCUGAGCAGCUUGGGUUGGAGCGGAUAGGCCCACAGCACCAGGCAGGAUCAGAUUCCUUACUGACAGGAAUGGUCUUUUUCAAGAUGAGAAAAAUGUUCUUUGAAGAUCACAUCGACGAUGCCAAGUAUGGUGGGCAACUGUAUGGGCUCCAUUUGGGCUCCUCCUGUAUCCAGGAUGAUGCUUGUGAAGAGGAGGCCAGCAAGCAGCCAUGAUGGGAAACGGAUGGACAAGAGGCCUUGGUGUUAGGAGCUACACGUGUGGCUUUUGUAUAUAGGUUUUAUA